CGUCUGGCUGGCUCCCCCUGGCCACUUUCCGCGGCAGCUCUAGGGUCCUCUUUCAUGAGUAUCUUUAGUUGCACUAUCCUGGCUUCCUCAAUGUCCUGAUUUGAUCAAAACGUUCCCUGUCCUGGUCAUUGUGACUUUGGGGAAGAGCGAGAAGUCACCAGAUCUAGAGAAUAAGGACACAGCGGUAUGUUUACAAGCUGACCUCCCCAUUGGAUGGCACUCAGCAGCAGCAUUCACCGUAUUUUUGAUCACACCUUGUGAAGACACUUAGGAAAGAACUCCAGAGCUGCAUCAGAAAGUGGCAAGGAUGGUGGGAUCGUUGCACAUAAAGUGAGGGGAAGAUUUUGAGGGAGACUUGGGGCAGUGUCUUUCACUGUAAUUUUUAAAAACUUAAACACAUUUUUCAACCAUAAGACAAAGUCUGAAGCUGCGGGUAAUGGCGGCCGUGUCGCACUCCCUGUACCCCAUGGCCGCACCAGCCCCUUGUGCAUAUUGUGUCUGGUCCAAGGAUUUGGGUGAUGCCCUACUGUCCCCUGCAGGCCUGAGCUCCAGCAGGAUCAUGGUGGCCCGCCGCCACCCCACAGUGCUGCGUAUGGUGCUAGAGGCCCUGCAGGCAGGGGAGCAGCGCCGUGGCACCUCGGUGGCGGCCAUCAAGCUCUACAUCCUGCACAAAUACCCCACAGUUGACAUCACUCGCCUCAAGUACCUGCUGAAGCAGGCUCUGGCCACUGGCAUGAGCCGUGGCCUCCUUGCCAGGCCCCUCAACUCCAAAGCCAGGGGCGCUACUGGCAGCUUCAAGCUUGUUCCCAAGCACCAGAAGAAGCCACGGCGCAGCAGGAAGCCCAACCAGACAGUGCCUGCCAGCUCCAGCAAGAAGAGGGCUGCCGAGCCAAAUGAGGCAAAGGCUCCCCAGAGACCAGCCAAGGCCCUGGAGACCGCCCCCCAGGGAGGCUGCAAGGCAAAGGGCACUGGGUCACAGCAGGGUGUGGCCAGGAAGGACCCCCCAAAGCCAGCUGGGCCCCCCUCAACUGUCCACAGACUCAGUGGGAAGCCAAAGGUCCCAGGCAGCCAGGGCAGGCAA